AUGCCCCGGCUGCCCUCGGCUCUCACCAGCAGCAUGCUUUAUUUCCAGAUGGUGAUCAUGGCAGGGACGGUGAUGCUGGCUUAUUACUUCGAGUACACGGACACAUUCACCGUCAAUGUACAGGGCUUCUUCUGCAACGACAACGCCUACCGCAAGCCCUACCCGGGCCCGGAAGACAGCAGUGCUGUGCCGCCGGUGCUCCUCUACUCGCUGGCCGCAGGGGUCCCCGUCCUAGUGAUAAUAGUUGGAGAAACUGCUGUGUUUUGUCUACAACUAGCCACAAGGGAUUUUGAAAACCAAGAAAAAACAAUUUUAACUGGAGAUUGUUGCUAUAUAAAUCCACUGGUACGCAGAACUGUCCGAUUUCUUGGGAUUUAUACAUUUGGGCUGUUUGCUACAGAUAUCUUUGUGAAUGCUGGACAGGUAGUGACAGGGAAUCUGGCUCCACACUUCCUUGCACUCUGCAAGCCCAACUACACGGCUCUUGGGUGUCAGCAAUUCACACAGUUCAUCAGUGGUGAAGAGGCCUGUACUGGUAACCCAGAUCUCAUCAUGAGAGCUAGAAAAACCUUCCCUUCCAAAGAGGCAGCGCUGAGCGUGUAUGCAGCGAUGUAUCUGGCAAUGUACAUUACCAACACAAUAAAAGCCAAAGGAACAAGACUUGCUAAACCAGUUCUAUGCUUGGGCUUAAUGUGUUUGGCUUUUCUUACUGGACUCAACAGAGUAGCAGAAUAUCGAAAUCACUGGUCAGAUGUGAUAGCAGGGUUUCUUGUUGGAAUAUCUAUAGCAGUAUUUUUGGUCGUAUGUGUGGUAAACAAUUUCAAAGGAAGACAACCAGAAAAUGAACACAUACACAUGGACAAUCAGGCACAAAUGCCAAUGAUCAGCAUUCCUCGAGUAGAAAGUCCCCUAGAAAAGGUAAAAUCUAUCCAAGUGAUUCAUUCAUCACUUACAUUCUAA